GUCUUUGCAUGAGGAGAUGCUCAUAAUUUAUCUUUUCUUUAUGAUUCAACGUUUUCUUGUAACACGAAAUUUAUAAUCUCGUUUACAAUUUUCAACAUAAACCUAUCUAAAGCUUAUUAUUUCCCUAUCCCCAACAUGUCUAAUGGCAUUCUUCGAGUAAAAGACGAGCAAAUCGUCGAUGCCUCCGGUAAACCAGUCAUACUUCGCGGAGCUGGUUUAGGAGGAUGGAUGAAUAUGGAGAAUUUCAUAACCGGUUAUCCGGGUCAUGAACAUCAACAUCGAGCUGCCAUGUUAAAAGUUCUCGGCAAGGAGAAAUAUGAAUUCUUCUUUGAUAAAUUCCUAGAGUAUUUCUUCAUGGAAGAUGAUGCCAAAUUCUUUGCCAGUUUGGGAUUGAAUUGUUUGCGUUUGCCAUUUAAUUAUCGACAUUUUGAAGACGAUAUGAAUCCUAGAGUUUUGAAAGAAAGUGGUUUCAAACAUUUGGACCGUGUUAUUGAACUUGUGGGUGGAUAUCAUAGCCCAAUGUCUACAAAUAUUGAUAGAAAUAGUGCGCCAAACAUAAUAUUUACACAAUCCUCGAUAUGCAUACGGUGCCUGGUGCCCAGAAUCCAGACUGGCAUUCUGACAAUCCAUCCAACUAUGCCUCAUUUUGGGAUCACAAAGAUCAUCAAGACCGUACCAUCUGGCUCUGGUCACAAAUCGCAACCCGCUACCGCGAUAACCCCUGGAUAGCAGGCUAUAAUCCCAUCAACGAACCCUGCGACCCAUUGCACCACCGUCUCCCAGAAUUCUACACUCGUUUUGAAUCCAAAAUCCGUCAAAUAGACCCUUCACACAUCCUUUGGCUCGACGGAAACACCUUCGCAAUGGAGUGGAAAUCCUUUGAUACCAUCCUCCCCAAUUGCGCCUACGCCCUCCACGACUACUCUUCCAUGGGUUUCCCCACCGGCACCCCAUUCACCAACUCCCCUUCCCAAAUCACCCACCUCGAAUCCAGUUUCCUACGUAAAUGCACAUUUAUGAGAGACCGCAAUGUCCCAAGCUGGAACGGCGAAUUCGGACCCGUCUACGCAGACUCCACACUCGAGCCCAACGCCUCAGAAAUAAACGCCCAACGCUACUCCCUCCUUGGAGCCCAACUAAAAAUCUACGACAAAUACCAAAUCCCCUGGUGCAUAUGGCUUUACAAAGACCUCGGACUCCAAGGCAUGGUAACCACCUCCCCCACAUCUCCAUACCACAGCCUGAUCAACCCAUUCCUCCAAAAGAAACGCGCCCUCCAACUCGACGCCUGGGGAUCCCCUGCCUCAGAAUCGUUGGAUAAGGCGUUAGAUCCCUUGAUCAAAUGGAUCGAGGAAAAUGCCCCCGAGGCAAAAGAACAAUAUCCCACGCCUUGGGGUGUCCAGAGACAACUUUUGAGAGGCGUCGUACAAACCUAUGUAGCAAGUAGCUUUGCAGAUGAGUUUGCUGAACUUUUCAGGGGGUUGGGAGAGGAGGAAUUGGAGGCUUUGGCGGGGAGUUGGAAGUUUGAAAAUUGUGUGAGGAGAGAGGGUUUGAAUAAGGUGUUGAGUGAUUUUGCGGAGGGGAGAAGAAAAGCUGAAGACGAGUAAAGGAAUUUUUUCUCGUGAGAAGGAAGUCGAUAGGAGUUGAGAAGCGGAAAUUGUUCCUCGUGGCAGUGGGAUAUGGAACAGUAGU